CCCCAAGGUAACUUGGGCAGAUUGCUCACUAAUUUCUAGAGUGAUGCUUCUGUGAUACUACUAUACUCCGACUGGCUAUCUUCCAGCCUCCCAGGAAGAUGCCGUGGUGGCCAGUAGCAAUUUCCGCCAACGCCUCGCCUAACCCUACACCGGAGAUGCCGAUAAGACUACUAAUCACAGGCUCGGUAAAUUAUCUUGGCUUCUCCACCACUUUCCCUCUUUGCUCACUCCACUUUGAAUUGUCGCCAAUCCCUUGGCUAUUGCUGAGAGCUCGCCCGUCAAGGCUCCUAUUCAGGACAAGGGGUGGAUCAUCAAAACUUACAUUCUGCACACGGCAUUUAGUGUAGUCACCGAUGUUUUCUGGGUACUUCAA